UUAAAUGCCUUUGGGAUGGAAUCCACACCAGGGGACCCUUGUGGCCCAGCAGGAGCCCCAAGUCAUCCUAGAGUAUCAGUUCACUAUAAGGCAGUUAGGCCCCAAAGACCUUUACAUCCACAUGCAUUCAUUUCCUUAAACUUUAUUUUGACUAUAUUUGCCUGCAUAUAUUUAGGUGUAUUUUAUUUUAAUUAAUUACUUUUUUAUUGUAAUGGUUUGAUCUCUUAAGUCUGAGUUAGAGUGUGUGUGAAGUAUUUUAAUAGCUUUGUUAAAUUUUAAAAUGUCUUAAAGUCUCUUAAAGACCAUAUUUACAGCAGGACUGACCGGUUUCACUUAUAUUUUGUUCUUUUAAACACAUUUGGUCACAACUAGUGCAUGUUAGCAUUUCUUUGAUGCAUAGAUAGAUAGAUAGACAGAUCGAUAGAUAGAUAGAUAGAUAGAUAGAUAGAUAGUUAGAUAGAUUAAUGCAUUAUUACUAACAUUAAUAUAAUAUUCCAUCAUGUAUUGACUGUUGCAUAAGAUUUGUGCUAGAAAACCCUGUAACAAAAGUCUGUUGAGGAAACUUACCUUAAUAUACUUGAAUUUUUUACUAAUUAUCAGUGAUUUGAUUAAUUUUGAUAUAGCAGCUACGGUAAAUAUGUAACUUGUUCCUGUUCGUCAUGAAAUGUCUAUGAAAGCCAUAACACACAAGAAGAAGAGACAAGGUACUUUCACCAUUUAGCCAUAGCAGCUUACAUAAUACAUUAUACAUGCUACAUUAUCCAUUAUACAGAUAUAUAUUGCCUACAUCAGUGUGAAAUCCUACGCUGCCUAAAAAGCGCUCGUUUAGCUCAUGCUGUCAUGUAUAUCCUGGCUAUCUAAAACCUCUGUUUACUUUGGUAAACAGCUGUCUGGGGUUACUAGACCCCACUAUAUUAGCAUUAUAACAUCAGCAGACAUCAUGACAUUUGGCUAACAAUCUUUGACCACAUGUUGUUUGUAUACUGUUGUUUUGAUAUAUAUUGGACAAGCAUUGACUUUCAAACUUGAUGUUAAUUUGAUGUUUGUACUCAGUACAUUAGCAUUAUAGUGUCAUCACAUCUUAUUAAGUUUGGCUAGCAUUCAUGUUUUGACCACACGUGGAAAAUGGUAUUGAUAUCUAUUAGAAAAGCCACUAGCAUGAACAUGUUGCUGUUGACUUUCAAGAUUGAUGUUAGGAUAAAUAGCAGUAGUUAACAGCUCUUCUUAGGUAGCAGAAAACCUCUUCUGUCUUUUAAACGAAUGCACUAGCAUUUCAUUAAGUGUACAUAGAUUAAUUUAACCAACUGACCACAUACACAGCCUUCAUUUUCUAUGCUGUACAAUUGACCAUCUCCAUCUACUCAGCAAUAAAGGACUGUAAUGCAAACUCCACUGGCCUGUAGAGUCUUCUUGUGUAGAGUCAACUGGCAUGACGGGGUCAAAUGGCCUUUAUAUUGGCAGGUGAACUAAAGGAGGAGAGUACGGGAGGGGUGCGGGAGAUGCUCUUGAGGAAGGAGGGGGCCGAGUGAGUGAUAUUUAAACCCCAGAGGUUCUCUCUCUCCUCAUCUGUUCCUCAGCUCUCCGGCUGUCUAUCAUUAUCCCCUGCGCUUCAUUAGUGACAAAGGAAGUUCUCCAUAGGCAUUCAGGUAAGACAGACAACUCAGACGAGAGAAAGGACUCCUUUCUCUCCAAGCAGAAAGCUAAUGAAUGCUCUUCUGGAUUGGAUUAUCGACUGAUAACUUUUUUUGGUAGCGUUUAUUCGAAUAACUGUCCAUAGGCCAGUGCUACCAUUACUUUUGUGUGAAUUUCUCAUGGGAUAUGGAUAUUACCUAUAUGAAUGUGUAUAGCCUUCAAAGUUAAAUGUAUAUUAUUUAUAUUUCACACAGACGUUUAAACCUUCACAUAUACAUAUAGGGUGAAUAAAGAUUAAUUGGGACACAUUUUGCCAUUGUGAUAAUUAUAUAUAUAUAUAUUUCUAGGAGUAGUCUUGGACCAGAACCAAGCUGAAUACAGGUAAAGUGAAAUCUUAAAAAAAAAAAAACUUUUAUUUUAAAAUAUAGCCAUAAUAAAAUACAAUCCAAAUGGUUUAGAAUAUAAUUUAAAUAUCAUUUGAAUAAACAUCAUUGAAACAUCUCUACUACUCUACACAGAAAAUACAAGCACUAAAGUGUCCCACUUUACCUGUAUUCACCGAACUACAAUCCUGUCCUGAAUAUAUGGUUUUGUCUUUGAUUUUCAUUGAUGUAAAUGUAUUUUUUGGGUCUGUGUUAUAGAAUGAGUUAGAUUUGAAAGAAUUAGUUUUUAUGUAAAUAAAUUAAUCUCUUCUUCUUUACAUGUCAAAGAACGGUCAGUUUCCUCAGUGUCACUGGGUCACUUGGUGUUAGAUUUCCGUUCUCAUCUUAGUUGCCAUCACGUCACAGUGUCCAUUCUACACCGUUCUGAUACUGCUAAUGAGAUUGUGCUUCUGUUUUCUUAUGCCCUACAAAAAAUGUGCCAUAAUUUCACCUUUCAUCUUAAUUUUUCAAACUGUCUUGUGUUUAAAUAGUUUAUUGCUGUUCUUCUAUCUUCUGCUGCCUUAUAGCUGCUUUGUCCUUAAAUGCUCCAUUUGAACUUUUUUAAUGCCUUUUGUGGGACAUUAAACCAUUCUGACCUUUCUAGUUAGUGUCCAUUUCAUGAACAAUGGUUUUUGGUUUUAGUACCUGAGAGAUGUAGUUCACCGUUUUUUGUUCCAAAUCCGCAUGUCACCAUUUGAGCUUCCUAAUUAGGCACUCUCUUAGGUUAACUAAUUACUUAAAUUAGAUGGUGUAGUUCUUCAAAUAAAGAGCUGAGCACGGAGGCAUCAUUAGAGUAACCCUGUGUAAAGUUGCAAUUCAAUUACAUUGCUAUUUAUAGUUCAGAAAUGUAGUGAAAAGGGCAACAAACAUGAAUUUUGCUAUUUAAUUGGUUUUAUUUCAUUACUUUUAAAUUUAUAAUUGAUUAAAGGAAUAAUUCCCGUAAUUGAUUAAUACUGUCUUAUGAUCCUCCAGCUGUUUUUCUUUUUGCUUCAUUUUGCAAAAUUCAUGACUAUACAGUCUACAGGACUGUUUUUCCCUCUAAACUUUGGCCUCUCUCCUCAAAAUUAACUAAUGGAGUUACUUUAGGAUAACUUUAGGUGUGUAUUGUGUGUGUGUGUGUGUCUUCAUGAGAGCCUCGGAUUACUUGGACAAAGUUUCCCUUGGGAACUUGCCCGUAGUUUUAUCUUAAAUUUGACAGUUUUAUGUUUCACUUGUGGUUUCCAUUUGAGAGAUGCGGCCCCUGUUACAUGAGCAACAGAUGAUUUGAGCAGAGAAGCGUUCGCAUACAACUAAUGAGCGUUCCAAGAAAACACAGAGUUGUGUAAUGCUAACAGUUUAUAUAAUCAUGCAUUGGGUGAGAAUGACAGUUUAUAAUUCCAUCUCAUUGUCUCUCAUAAAGUGCCAAACCUGUUGUAUCACAAUAUUUGGAGGUUUAACGUUACCUCUUUGUGUAACCCAAUUACAGCCAUAAAAACACUGAAGCAAAUCGUUCAGCCUUCCAUCAAUGCUUUAUUUUCAUGGCCAAAUUCUGUUCAUGCUCUUCUGUUGUGCUUCAUAAAUGACUGUGUCUGUUUCUACAUGCGCAGUAGCUCGGUGAACCCAGAGAGAGAAGAUCCAAGAUGCCACGCUCAAAGUGUGAUGUGUAAGAAUGUUGCUUUUUGAGUGACAAACCCCUAAUCAGAAUUUUCCUCUUAAAUCAAAUAAACCCCAUCAAAUAGUAAGGAUAUUAUCUCAAACAAAUGAUUGAGAGAGCAUUUCACAUUUUGUUUUCACCCAUAGUCCAAAACAUGUGUUUGUGCCAGAAUUAAUUGAGCCAAAGCUCCGCCCAUGCUAGUCAUGUGACCGUACAUGCAGCAGGGCUAGCGAGGGGAGCGCCAUGUCUUUGUAUCUAACCUUUGACCUUUUUAACCACCUUAACAGCAUGUCCAAAGAGCCAAGCUCCAACUUGGAAAGCGCCAUGCAGAUGCUCAUCAAGACCUUUCAUAAGUAUUCCGGGAAGGAAGGAGAUAAAUACACGCUCAGCCGAGGAGAACUAAGGGAACUUCUGACGGAGGAGCUGGGAAAUUAUCUUGGGAAUGCUCAAGAUAAAGACGCGGUGGAACGAGUGAUGAACGACCUGGAUGCUAAUAAUGACGGCGAGGUGGACUUCACAGAGUUCAUCAUCCUCAUGGGUGCGCUGACCGUGGCCUGCAAUGACUUCUUCCUGGACAGCCCGCCACCCAAAAACAAGCCCGAGAGCAAGGACGACGCAGCCACAACAGAGGAAAAGAAAGAGUAAUGAGCGCAUGCUACCAGAACAGAGAGAGAAAACGGAGCAAAGUAUUAGUAGGUUGCAUGUUUGAGAACAAGAGAGUGUGUUUCAUCCAUUUCUUUUAUCAGGACCAACAAACCUAGUUCUUGGAGGACUUUUCUCUGCUUUUAUAAUUCAACCCAAGCUGUUAAUAUACUUUCAAGGCAAAACUGUCAAACCCUGAAGGCAAAGACUUGGGGGUUUGAUAGAAACACUCAUCAGUUCAGUGCCAGGAGCUGGUUUGUCUAUCGCUGAACUGUUUUUAUUUUUUCUAGUUAAAGUCUUUCAGGAUGGGUGCCUUCUGUUUCAUAUGAGUGCAGAUAUUAUAUACAGCUAUAUGUAGUGUUUUUGGAUGAAGAUAGAGCAGCAAAGUGUAUUUUGAGUGCAAUAAGUGGCUACUAAAUGAAUGUCAAAGCCUGUAUUGAUAGAAAGUGGUGAGUUAUAGACAGUUAUGAAUGCUCAUUUUUAAUAAUUCUUAACUGUGACUUGAAAACAGAUGUUGAAGUAUUUAUAUUUAUAUCUUUCAUGUAAUUAUAAAUACCCUUUAUUGUUGACAGCAAACAACAUUACGUCUACUUCAUGGUUACCAUAAAUUCUGAACAGUGUUCAUAAUCUAUAAUAAUUCAUUGUUGAAGAUGUGAACUUGGUUUGUCUCUUUCUGUGCAUCUAUUUUUUUAGCCUAUUUUUAUUUAAUAAUCAAUAUGUAUCUUAAUUAUAAUAAACGUGCAACUGA